GAAGGGGAAACUCUACCUCUAUUUCUUCUCUAGUAAGCUCACUUCUCCAUUUUUAGUUUUCUGUCUCAUGUAGGAUGUUCUAUUAUUUUUUUUCUUUUGUAGGUGGAAGUCUAUUCAAUGUGCCUGAAUUGGCUGUCUUGCUUUAGGAUCAGGUUAACUUUAGAGCCGAAGAACAUGAGGAAGACAACAAGUCAAAGGAAUGCUGAUAAUAACUUGAGCAUUUGGAAUAAAAUAAAUAGUCAGGGUGCAGAUGGUUCGGGCAUCAUCUCAACAAAGAAUGUAAGUACAAGGACUCCUUCAGCAGAAAGGCUCAGAGAACCUUUUCCAUGCCAAGGUAGGAAAGAGCUCACCAGCCUGGUACAGGAAGCAAUGCAGAGUCCAAACCAUGGACUGUCAUAUGUUCCCCCUCCCUUGAGAAAGCGUGUUGCCCCUCCUCCAGGAAAAAUUGAUAGACAGGAUCUUCAUCCUAUUCCAAUGCCUUUGAGCUCAACUAGCUUUGCUAUAUCUGGAGCUGGCUUUACCAAGAACAAAGGGGAUGGGAAGCAUAAGAGAGAAGGUCCUUGUGCUGGAACAAAAGGCUUCCAAUCUCCAGAGAGAAGUGAAAAGCUUUUCCAAAAGAAAACUAUUAAUAGCCUAUAG